AUGUCGAAAGGAACACCAAGCUUUGGCAAGAGAAGAACACGAAACCAUCUACUUUGCCCAAGAUGUGGCGACAUGUCCUACCACAAGCAAAUCAGAAGAUGCUCCUCGUGUGCAUUCCCCGAGGCCAAGAGACGAACUCGCCGCUCGCUGAAAGCCCAACGCAGGACUGGACAAGGAACAGGACGAAUGAGAUAUCUGAAAAGAGUGCACAGGAAAUCUAAAAGCGGAUUUAAGGAGCAUCCCAUUCUUGCAGAGCUAAGGAACUAG